AUGAACAAACCAAAGCUCGCCUUCGGGCUGAACCUGACGAAAAAGCCCGGCGCAUCCAAACCAAUGCCCUCCAGAUCGAAGCCCAUGUUCAGCAGCAACGACGAUGACUCGGACAGCGAGGGAGCUGCCAAAGAAGCCAAGGUGGAGGAGAUUGGAGGCGAACUGGACGACUUCACAUCUGCACCACCAGCCGACUCAACAACAACGGGACACAGACCAAAGAAGGGCGUCAUAAGCGAACCCCCCAAGCUCAAAUCAAAAGCCCCGACAAGCACAAUGUUCGGCGACCUCUCCAGCACGCUCGCCUCCCGCAAGAACGCAGAGGCGGCCGCCGAGCUGGACGCCAGCGUAUACGAGUACGACGCCGUCUACGACUCCCUGAAGCCCCAGAAGGGCAAGUCCAAGGAGGACGAGGAGCGGAAGCCAAAGUACAUGAAGAACCUCAUGCAGGCGGCCGACGUGCGGAAGCGGGACCAGCUGAUUGCCGAGGAGAAGAAGAUUGCGCGCGAGCGCGAGGCCGAGGGCGACGAGUUUGCGGACAAGGAAAAGUUUGUGACGGAGGCGUACAAGAAGCAGCAGGAGGAGAACAAGAGGCUGGAGGAGGAGGAGCGGCGGAGGGAGGAGGAGGAGGCGAAGAAGCACGAGGGCACCGGCAUGACGUCGUUCUACCGGAAGUUGCUGGAUAGGGAGCAGGAGAGGCAUGCGGAGACGGUGCGGGCCGCGGAGGAAAUGGCCAAGCGAGGACCCGGCGACAAGGUGGAUGGUGAGAAUGUGGUGGAAGAGGCGGAGGAUGAUGAUAGGGAGAAGGAGUUGGCCAGAGCGGCAAGGGAGCUCAAUGAAAAGGGCGCCUCCAUAUCCGUCAACGAGGACGGCCAGGUUGUGGACAAGCGGCAGCUUCUCAAGGGCGGUCUCAACAUCGUCGCGAAGAAGCAAGCAGCGGUGCAGAAGGGAGCUGAGGACGAUGAGACCAGAAGGGGAUCCGCGGACCAGGACCGGCGGGAGCUCACGGGGAAGCAGCUCGGCCGGAAGCAGGCGAUGAGGGAGAGGCAGUCGCGGAUGCUGGCGGAGCAGCUGGAGGCGUCGCUCAAGAGGUCGCGGGAGGCGGAGGAGGCCAAGAGGGAAGAGGCGGAGAGGGCGGCCAAGACGCGCAAGACAGAGGGCGAGAUCAUGUCGGCGAGGGAGAGGUAUCUUGCCAGGAAGAAGGCGGCGGAGGAGGAGAAGAGG